GCCUGAAAUCGACCGGCCGUUCGGGAAAUCUCCCGAACCUCCCGAUGGCCAGUCCGCCCCUGUGCACCAGGUUGCCGAAACAGACGAGGGAAGAAGAAGGGUUGUUCAUUUUAUCGCAUCCCAAAAGAUGCAGCGAGGAGGGAAAUGUGGUUAAGUGCUAUUAAAAGAGCCAGGAGCCAACAGAACAACAGUGAAAGGUGGGACCCGCCGGCCGUUGGAUUUUGGUUGUGCAGCGAACACUUCAUAUCAGGGAGAAAGAGUGACAACCCUUUAAGUCCGGACUUUGUGCCAUCGCUUUUUAGCUAUCUUCCGUCUCCAGAGAAGAGGAGACGGAAAGCUAGACUGGAGGUGUUCAACAGGAGGCAGAAGGCGAAAUUGCAGAAAAUAGAGCAGGCAAAGCUAUGUGCAGAAGCCACCCGUCUAAGGGCAUCAACUGAUUGUCCCCAAAACAAUGCAGCAACAGAAGACCAAACCACAGAGCCCUCCAUCACAGAAGACCAAGUCAUAGAGCCCCCCAUCACAGAUCCUUUGGAAGACUCAGGUGAUGAAGAUCCUGUCCAGCCUGAUCCAGCAACACCACCAUGCACCUCUGAAACCUGUAGUAAGCGCAUCGAGUCUCUUGAGCUAGAAUGCCAAGCUCUAAGAACUGAAAAUAUGUUGUUAAGGGACAAAAUAAGUAGGAAGACCCUGACAGAGAUAAGUUUGCAAAAUUAUGAUAAAAAGGUGAAUGUCCUCACUGGGUUAGCAACCUAUACAUGUCUGAUGACCAUCUUUCAAUAUUUGACUCCAUUUCUCAAACUUAAGGCAUCGAUAACAUGUUUUCAACAAUACAUGUUGACUUUGAUGAAGCUGCGAAUGAACUUGACAUUUUACUUUUUAGGUUUUUAUUUUGGCAUUGACCCAACUACUGUCUCCAGACACUUCAAACACUGUGUUAAUUUGAUUUAUUGUAGACUGGUGCCAAUUCUAGUGGUGUGGCCUGAAAGAGAAUCUCUAAGAACAUCUCUUCCAUAUGUAUUUAGAAAUGGCGGCUACGAGAAGACUGUUUGUAUCAUAGAUUGUUUUGAAAUAUUUCUAGAGAAACCAAGUAUAUUGCGACCCAGUGCACAGUGUUACUCAAAAUACAAAUCACAUCACACCAUGAAAUAUUUAAUUGCCAUUUGCCCUCAAGGUACAAUUUCUUUCAUUUCUACUGGAUGGGGAGGUCGCACCAGUGAUAAGUUCAUUACAGAAAACAGUAAUUGUUUACCCAAUAUUCUCCCAGGAGAUGUUGUUUUGGCAGACAGGGGGUUUCUGGUGAAAGAGUCUGUUGAAAGGUGUCAGGCUGAAUUAAAAAUUCCAGCAUUUACUCGUGGGAAAGUACAGUUAGAUCCUGUUGACAGAGAAUACAAGAUCUCUAGCCUCUUUAAGAAUUCACAUUGAAAGAGUCAUAGGAGUACUUCGUCAGAAAUAUACUAUCUUACAAAACACUGUGCCAAUAACUUUCACAGAUAUAGAGACAGAAAAUGAUGUUACUUAUCUUGAUAAAAUUGUGAGUGUAUGUUGUGGACUAACAAAUGUACCAGAUUCUGUGGUGCCCUUUGAGUGAUGAAUUUGUGUGCCAACAGAAAAUAAACCUUUUUGAUUGCUUCUCACUUGUUUGUUGUGACUACUUUUCUCACUCACUAGAUUUGAAUGAUCUAUCCAUGUUUUAUGAUCGCUACAGAUACUACUACAGACAGUCAGACACAGAAGAGAACAACAUUGGCUUAACAGUUUUUAUUAACCAAUUAAAUAUUUACAUUGCAUCAGCUAGUUCAUAUUCACACAUUGUGUAAUUAAGUAAGACUAAGUAAUUAAGGUUUUUUUUUUUAGGCAUUGAUUAGUUUCCUACAGCUUGGACACACCCACUGUUUCGGUACCCUUUUCAUCAGAAGGCAGGUUUGGUGGAACUUCUCCACGGCACAGAACCCUGAGGCACAAGGUGUUUGCAGUUGCUUGUUUUGGUGCAGAAAACCAUUUGCCUAACAACUCUGGGAUUAUAAAUUUUAUAAAGAAGGUACGAGCAAGUUCAAUUUCUUUUUGGAAGAAUUCUGAGUCGAUUGUAAUGCGUUCCACAAAGAGUGAAUCAUCUUUUUCCGUCCACAGAAUAAAAUCACAGUAAUCACAUUUCGUAACAAAUAGCUGCAUCUGGACUUGGUGGAAGUAUGCAUGGUCUCGCUUAACUUUAAUUUUUCCUUGGGAAUCUUGUUCCAGGCAAAAGUGUCCAACAGACUUUUCAGCUUCACUGAUAGAAAGGUCCUUUGCUGAAAAUGGACACUUAAUUUCUAUAACCCCUGUACCACAGCAGCUGCAGGAAACAUACCCAUCCGGUGAGGCCCCAAUAAAUGGGUGGAGAGUUGAUAUUUUAAAUCCGGCUGGUCUAAUCAGGACAUCUCUGUGUGAUAGACGAUGUUGCAUUUCGUAGUAUUUUCUGGCUAGUUCUUCAUUCUUGCAUCCCCAACUGAAGAAAGAAUGUAAAUAUUAGGUUUGGACAAUAGUAAUGCCCCCCACAUUACUACUUCCCUGACCUUAACAAAAUGUUUACUGCUGUACUUGGUUUACCCUUGUGCUCUUUUUUUUUUAAAGAAUAGCCUAGUACUUACUGCAUUUACCCUCUCUGUUCAUUCACCUCACAACUUCUAUAUGCUCAUGAAUACCUGGUAGCCUCAUUGCUGAAAACAUGGGACUUUGGGUCACAUAUCUGUCUUAUGAGAGACACUGCUGGCUUUCUGGGGUCUGUUCUUGUUGCUGCUCUGAAGGUAGAUCCUGUCACCCUACCACUCCUCUGAUCAAACCAAAUUCUGGACUUGGACUGGGCUUGCGUCUCCUCCUCUACAAUAUCACUGAAGAAAACAUGCCAAUCCAGUUACUCAGUUACUCAUUUGCAUUGCAAAUUAGCAGCACACACAGCACAUGUGCACAUAACAUGGUAGAUCUUAGAUUUCAGUCAAUAGUAAAAAGAAUAUGUUCUCUACCUGUUGUUCAGUGACAGUCAAGUCAUCAAAUAUUCCUUCUGCACGCUCUUGUAAUUCAGCCAGGCUCAGGUCUCUUGCCUUCUUGUCGUACAAACUGGUAAGGGGUUCAGGUAAAUCAAGCUUGACAGCCUUUGGUACAUAGGUUGUGGCAUACCCGGGAACAACUGACAGAACAGCAGGUCUGCAGGACUUCCCAUCUUGAGUCCGACACUGAGAGAGGUUUUGGUAGAACUGCGCUUGCUCAGCAGCAGUCAGGGGUGGGAAAGAUGGGGGCGCAGAUGUACCCUUGGUGGAAUUCCCCUUUUUAUUUUGUUGACUACUGUUGAAUAUGAUGUCCUUUCCCUGUUAGUACUCCACAUUCUUCCCAGCAUCCUCACUGGGAGAGGUCCACUUGCAUUUUUUGGACGUGCAGCUGAUCUCCUCAUGCCUUGCAUUGUUUUUUUCCCACAGUCUGAAGAGCACAGCUGACACAUGAGAACAACUCUCCCCAAGUCCUGCUGUGCAGUUACAGUGGGCUCCCAUCACUACACCGUCGUUCCUCACCACCACCCAUGGCUUCAGUUGACUGUCAUUCAGCCGUUGGGAGUGAUUAACCUAUGUAUGAAAUUCAAAAAAUAUAAAUUAAGGUUGAAAAUGACAGCCACUUAGGUUGGGUACAUUCAAAAACACAAACUAGCAAGUUACAGAUGCACUGCAGUAGCUACCCAAGAUAAUAAACAAUCACUAACGUGACCCGUUGGAUGGUAUGCUCUUGAAAAGCACCCCAGGAGCGUUAUAUUUAAUCGAUGUAAUUUUCCAGUAUAAAAACGAAUUUCAUCUAAACUAAAAUGGCACGUAUACUCGCUCGGUAGGAACUCUUGAAGGCUGCUGGCGCUGGUCGUCAUGUUUACUGCCAAAAUGGCGUCCGACAACCAAAAGUCACGUGACGCAGGAGCUCAAUAGCAAACAUAAAAGUCUUCAGUCUUGUUUUAAAGGUGCUCAGAGUUGGGGCAAGUCUUAAAUCCUCUGGGAGUUUAUUCCAGCUAUUUGUUGCAUAGUAACUAAAUCCUGCUUUCCCAUGUUUUGUGUUUACUCUGGGGAUAAUUAACAGAUUGGUCUCAGAGGAUCUUAGUGGUCUAGAAGGCUGAUGUAGUGGAAGCAUAUCAGUUAAAUAUUUUGGGCCUAAACCAUGUAGGGAUUUAUAGGUUAGCAACAUGAUUUUGAAGUCAAUUCUCUGACCUACAGGAAGCCAAUGUAACGAUUUCAGAUUUGGUGUAAUAUGAACAAAUUUUUUGGUCUUUGUUAGAACUCUAGCAGCAGCAUUCUGAACAAGCUGAAGCUUCCUCAGAGUUUGUUUUGGGAGACCUGUAAGGAGACCAUUGCAGUAAUCAAGCUUACUAGUGAUAAAGGCAUGUACAAGUUUUGUAAGUCUUCGGUGGACAUGAGCCCUCUAAGUCUUGCUACAUUUUUAAGGUGAUAAUAUGCAGAUUUUGCAACUGAUUUGAUGUGACUGUCGAAAUGUAAAUCUGAAUCCAUGAUAACCCCUAGAUUUCUGGCUUUGAUUGAGGUUUUCAGGGACAGAGAGUGAAGGUGUUCGGUUACUUUAAGCCUUUGCGUUUUAGAACCAAAUACAAUUAUCUCUGUUUUGUCCUCAUUUAGUUGAAGGAAAUUUCGGCACAUCCAUUCUUUCACUUGCUCAAUACACUGGCACAGCAGAUCUAUGGGCCGAUAGUCAUUUGGUGAUAGCGAUACAUAGAUUUGCGUGUCAUCAGCAUAGCAAUGAUGGUCAAUAUUGUUAUUUUGCAUGAUUUGCCCUAGUGGGAGCAUGUAGAUGUUGAAUAAAGAGGGUCCUAAGAUCGAACCUUGUGGGACUCCACAUGUCACGUUGGUUGAUUCUGAUACGAAGUCGCCAAUGGAAACAAAGUAGUUCCUAUUUUGUAGGUAGGACCUGAACCAAUUUAAGACGUUGCCUGAAAGCCCCACCAGUUUUCUAACCUGUCCAGAAGUAAUGUAUGGUCUACAGUGUCGAAUGCAACACUGAGGUCAAGUAGCAUUAGUAUUGAGAUUUUGCCAGAGUCUGUGUUAAGACGGAUGUCGUUUACAACUUUAAUAAGGGCGGUCUCCGUGCUGUGCAGGGGUCGAAAUCCUGAUUGGAAGGUGUCAUAGCAACCAGUUGAUGCCAGGAAGUGAUUAAGUUGCUGGAGGACAACUUUCUCAAUGAUUUUACUUAUGAAGGGUAGAUUUGAUAUUGGUCUGUAGUUGUUAAUAACAGAGGCAUCUAGGCUCCGCUUUUUUAAAAGGGGUUUAAUAACUGCAGUUUUCAAAGCUUUUGGGAAAUUGCCUGACUGGAGAGAGUUGUUAACUAUCUUCAAUAUGUCUGCUGCUAGGCAGUCGAAAACAUUCUUAAAGAGGUUGGUAGGUAUAGUAUCAAGGCAACAGGUGGAUGUCUUUAGUUGUGUCACAGUUUCCACAAGAUUUUGAGAGUCUAUAACAUUAAAGCAUGCCAUCCUUGCCACGUUAUUUUUGCCUGAACAGGGUGGUAGUCCAACAUUUUUGUUUGAAGUGGAGAUAUUGAUGGCGCGUCUGAUACCUUCAAUUUUAUCAGUAUAAAACGCUGCAAACUCAUUGCAUUUCUGCGUGGAAUGGAGAUCAGGUGGAAUUUGUGUUGGGGGGUUGGUCAGUCUGUCAACAGUUGCAAACAGGGUUUUUGCAUUAUUAGUGUUGG